UCUAAGGAACGAGUGGAUGAACUUCGUGCCAAGCACCGACGACACGAAAAGGACACUGGCUCCCCCGAAUACCAAGUUGCCGGCAUGACCGAGCGUAUCGCCUACUUGACCAAGCAUUUGCAACAGCAUCCUAAGGAUUUUUCUACUCGCCGUGGUCUUGUCGCACUUGUCAAUAAGCGCCGUCGGCUUUUGAACUAUCUUUCUCGGGAAGAUACGGGACGUUAUACGGAAUUGGUUGCCAGUCUUGGUGUUCGU